GCCCCUGCGCUCGGGGCCGGGGCCGAGCUGCCUUUUGUGGCGCUCGGGCCCCGGUGAUUGGGCGCUAUUUUGCUCCGGUCCCUCGGGCAGCUGUUGCUGUUCUUUACCCGGGAGAGCCGGCGCCGCCCGGGGCUGCAGCCGAGGAGGAGGCGGCGGCCGACCCCAGAUGCCAACGCUCCGGUGAGCAGCGACAGCCACGGGGACAGCGGCCGAGCCCAUGGAAUAGAGGAGGGCAGCAGGAGCCGGAGCAGCCCGAGGCACAGCCAGAGCCGGACAUGCCAGAGCCAGCCCCGCUCGGCGGGGACAGGAAAGCGGCGGAGAAGAAGCGGGUGGAGAAGGUGGGAGCCAAGGGCAGCGCUGCCGGGCCGCCAGUCCCCAGGACGCUCCCCGUGCAGAGCAAGGCGGAGCCGCCCAGCCUGGACCCCGCGGAGGAGCCGCUGCUCUGGGAAGGGCUCACCCUCAACAAGUGCAUCCUGGUGGCCUCCGUGGUCGCCCUGCUCAGCGUCACCUUCCAGGUGCUCCAAGCGCCAUGCUCCAAGGAGGGACUCGCCCGCGGCCGGCAGGAGCCUCCGCCCGCUCCCAUUGCCGAGGUCGUGAUCCCCAAGGUGGAGAUCCCAGAGGCGGUGACAGCCCAGCCUGCGCCGCCGCCGGAGAGCAGCGCGGUGGAGGAGGAUGAUGAUGAUGAAGAUGGUGACGAUGACUAUGACAGCGAAGCUGACAGCAACCUGGCAGAACCCUGGAUCUUCAAGAAGUGGUUUGGCCGUGCAACACCAGAGGAUGAGGACAAGGAUGAAGACAAGGAUGGGGACAAGGAUGAGGAUGGGGACAAGGAUGAGGAUGAGGACAAGGAUGAAGAACCUGCAGAUGUCCCCGAGGUGCCAAUGGCUGUGACAGAUGGGAAGAAGAGCCAGGAGAAGCAGGAGAAUAAGGUGGAGGAGGAGGAGGAGGAGGAGAAGGAGGAAGAAAAGGAGGAGAAGCAGGAAGAAAAAGAGGAGAAUGAGGAGGAGGAUGAGGAGGAGGAGGAGAAAGACGACAAGAAGGAGGAGAAGAAGAAGGGCCGGGAAGGCCGUGCUGUCCAUGUGGAGCGGAGCAGCCGGAGGGAGGCACGAGCCAAGGACAGGACAGCGGGGGACAAACCUGGCCGAGCCCCCAGGGCCCCCAGGGAAGCCGAGCAGCAGCCCCAGAAGAAGCGGGACCGGGAGAGGAAGGAGAGGAAGGAGAGACGGCGGGAGCGGGAUGAGUCCCGGAGGGAGGGGUGGAGGGGCCGUCCCGGCAGGGCUGACGGCGGCCGGGAGAGCCCGAGGCGGGACUGGAAGCAGCCGAAGGGCAGGAAGCCCUGGGAGCCGGGCAGGGACGGCAGGGCCAGGGAGGGCAAGAGGCGCGACUGAGGCCGGGGUGGGCGCGGGGCUCGAUGGCGCUGGAUCCAAUCCCACCCCUGCCCCCGGCGAGGGACGCCACCCCUGCCUGCCCUCCAGAGACACCCCCGGGCACGAGCAGCACGCCAGGACCCCCGAGCAGCAGCAGAGCAGCCCAGGAGCCUGGCAUGAGCCUCCCCGGGGACUUUGGACCCCCCUGGAUCAAAGGUGACCUGAAAGGACUCAUGGAAGGAGCUUCUCUGGGCCUCCUGCCUUCUCCAUCCCCACCCAGAGCCCCUCUGCAUUCCCCUCCACUCGUGGCUCCGGGGCAGUGCGGGGAUCCCCGUGAACAGAGUUGUGUCCAGACUGUGCAGCUCUUGGGUUAAUGGUUUUAUUGAAAGCAAAUCAAGAGAGAAGAAUGUUCUGGGUUACGGAACCACGCUGCAGCCGUCCUCAGAGGGACAUCAGUGACAGCCCCCCACCUCACCCAGCCCAGCGCCAUCGCUGUGGGGUGGCCCAGAAGGUGCUGGUGACAGAGCAGGGCUGGAGCCCUUCAGCCAGGGAUCCCUGCGGGCCUCGCCUUCUCCGAGUCGCUUUUAGGAAGGAAACACAAGAGCAAUAUCACACAGCCAGAGAUGUUCACAGCCCUGACCCGUGGCAGGUUUCAGUAUUUGCUAAAUCAACAGUGGUUAAAAUAAACUAUUUUCAUUUUUAAUAAGGUAUUCAACUGGAUGUUUUUAAAAAACAGGGGG